UUGGUUAUUUAUUUAGGUGUUGAUCGAACAGCUAAGGUUGGUGUGGUGGGUGAUAGUGCUGGAGCUAUGAUUAGCACAUCUGUUUGUCAGACGGUGAAAGACAUUGAUUUUCAAAUUCUUGUUUAUGGUUGGUAUGAUUUCACUUGUGCAACACCAUCUUUCAAGGAAUUUACAAAUCAACAAUAUUUUGUCACACCUGAAUUGGUUGAUUGGUGCAUCAAGAAUGCAUUUAAUGAUGGAUUUGACAUAAACGAUUCUCGAAUAUCCGUCUUUCGCAAUACAUCACUCGAAAAGUUACCACCAACUUUAUUGAUUGUCGCUGAACUAGACCCAGUUCGAGAUGAUAGUUAUACAUAUAAGGAACUUCUUGAUAAAGCUGGUGUAAAGAACAAGCUUGUACUUAUCAAAGGUGUUCUUCAUAGGUUUUUUCCUUUACCCGGAGUCUAUCCAAAAGCAUGUGCACAAGCUAUCGAUGCUAUUGGAGAAUUCAUGGCAUCGAUCUCAUAA